UCGCUCGCUCGUUCCAAUCUCUCUCUCUCUCUCUCUCUCUACAUCCACCCAAACCUCUCAACCGAGUUCCCUCUCCCACCUCCAGCGGGGUUUUUGGAGAUUUGUCUUUUUGUCGAGACCCAGAGAGGAAAGGAAAUUAAACAAAAUUGAAGGGAGAAUGCUGGUGACACCGAAGGAAUGGGAAGGUCCCGUGCAGCCGGCGUGGUGCUGAUGUCCCCGGAGUACCCCUGAAAUUGACGCCGCUUUGUCCAUUACACCAGAGGCAGGGAUGCACAGAAAAAGGCUAUUCGUUGCGAUAGCGCCGGCUCUCUCCGCUUUCAAUGGACGGGAGCUACCUUCUGUGAACAAGGGGAGAGUACACUGAAGACACACAGAGAGGGAGGGGGGAGAAAAAGGUUGGGGGGGGGGUGUGGAAAUUGGAAGGUAUCGUUUUCUUUUUCUUUAUUUUUGGCCCCUGAAAAAAGACAAGACCCAGAAGGGAGAUAUAAUUGAAGCGGUGGCCGAGGAGCAAUUCCACACCCCACCCUCCCACUCGAAUGAAUAUUGAUGUGUUUUUCUGCCUCUGGGAGGGGGCUUUGAACUGUCGUCGGAACCAUGUCCUCUCGAUUAACACUACCCUCUCCAAAUGAACGCAGUUUGGAACAUCAUUCCUCGCACAUGGAGAACCGCUCCGAGAGGGGGUCCACGUGGUCUAGCCGGUCCCUGGGGGCGCGCUGUCGGAAUUCCAUCGCCUCCUGCACCGACGAACAGCCCCACAUCGGGAAUUACCGGCUGCUCCGGACCAUCGGAAAAGGGAACUUUGCCAAAGUGAAGCUAGCAAGGCACAUCCUGACCAGCCGCGAGGUGGCAAUAAAAAUCAUCGACAAAACCCAACUGAACCCAACCAGUUUGCAGAAGCUUUUCAGGGAGGUGCGCAUAAUGAAGUGUUUGAACCACCCGAAUAUCGUGAAGUUAUUCGAGGUGAUAGAGACAGAGAAAACCCUCUACUUGAUCAUGGAAUAUGCAAGUGGAGGUGAAGUAUUUGACUACCUCGUGUCACAUGGGAGGAUGAAGGAGAAGGAGGCCAGAGCCAAAUUCCGCCAGAUUGUGUCUGCUGUGCAGUACUGUCACCAGAGGAACAUUGUCCACCGGGAUCUAAAGGCGGAGAACCUCCUAUUGGAUGGUGACUGCAACAUAAAAAUCGCUGAUUUCGGCUUCAGCAACGAGUUCCAGUUCGGGAACAAGUUGGACACUUUCUGUGGGAGCCCCCCGUACGCUGCGCCCGAACUCUUCCAGGGCAAGAAGUACGACGGGCCCGAGGUGGACAUCUGGAGUCUUGGGGUCAUCCUGUACACACUGGUCAGUGGUUCGCUGCCCUUCGAUGGCCAGAAUCUGAAGGAGCUGAGGGAACGAGUCUUGAGGGGGAAAUACCGUGUGCCCUUUUACAUGUCGACAGACUGUGAAAACAUCCUGAAACGCUUCCUGGUCCUCAACCCAGCCAAGCGAGGAACUCUGGAGCAAAUCAUGAAGGACAAGUGGAUAAAUGUUGGGUGUGACGGUGAGGAACUUCGACCUUACGUGGAACCAGAGCAGGACCUGGGGGACAACAAACGCAUAGAAGUGAUGAUCGGAAUGGGAUACACGAGGGAAGAGAUCAAAGAGGCUCUGACGAGGCACGUGUACAACGAUGUCACUGGUACUUACCUCCUGUUAGGCAGGAACAAGAGUGAGAUGGAUGGCAGUGACUCCCAUUCAGGCAGCAGCCUCUCGUUGGCCAAGGUGCGGCCUAGCAAUGAGCUGAACACCAGCACUGUGAGCCAGACCUCGACGCACAGCAGGAGCCAACGCAGUUCGUCCACCUAUCACCGGCAGCGCCGACACAGCGACUUCAGUGGACCAGCCGCCCUCCCCUCUCACACCAAGCGGAGCCAGACGAGUGCGGCUGCAGCUGCGGCAGUCGACAGCGAGCUGAAGGAGGAGCGCACUCCAUCGCGGAAGGGGACAUCCAGCGGCAGGGCCGGAGUCCCCCCGUCCAGCCCCAUGGUCAGCAAUGCCAACAACCCCAACAAGGCCGAGAUCCCCGACCGCAGGAAGGUGACCGGCCCCGCCAAUAACAAUAUUCCAGCCAGUGCCAUGAGCAGGAGGAACACGUACGUUUGCACUGACAGGACUCCCAACGACAGGCAGUCGCUCCUUCAGAAUGGGAAGGAGAACAGCUCAGCGAUGACCCGCGCCACUCCGGCCUCGCCCUCCACCCACAGUAUCGCCGCCUCCACGGACCGUACCCGCUUCCCGAGGGGCACCUCCAGCCGCAGCACCUUCCACGGGGGGCAGCUGAGGGACCGGAGGGGGGUGGCACAGAACGGCGGCUCCCCCACGUCGCCGACCCUCUCCCCCGACGCCACGCCUUUGCCCCAGACCCGAAGUCGAGCCUCGUCCAACCUCUUCUCCAAACUCACCUCAAAGUUGACCAGAAGGGUCACUAUUGACCCAUCAAAACGGCAGAGUGCCAACAAAAGUGUGCCAGGGAAUCUUCUCCCACAGGGACCCAAGAGUGUUAACGAACCUGAGAGAAACUGGAGACCUGAGGUCACAAGUUGCAAUGUAUCUUGGAAUCAAAAAGAAACAAAACCCAGGUCGAUCAGACUUACCUGGAAUAUAAAGAUCAUCAGCUCGCGGGACCCGGGCGAAAUGAUCGAUGUUAUCUGUAAGGUCCUCGUGAAGAAUGGCUGUAUCUACCAGCAACAUGAACCUUUCCUCUUGGCUUGUACCCACGGCCGUGAGACCACCGAAAACUAUGUCCAGUGGGAGAUUGAGGUGUGCCGACUACCCAAUCUCUCUGUGAACGGAGUGCGCUUCAGGAGGAUAUCAGGAACAUUUCUGUCCUUCAGGAACAUUGUGACCAAAAUCACCAGUGAAUUAAAGCUUUAGGCCAGAGACAGGGCGACCCACCCCCAGCCCAGCAUCCAGCGAGGGCCAAUCUCCAUGUUCCGUCUCUGUCUUCACACACACACCACCCCCACCCCCCGCCAAACGCACCAACACCUUUCUCUUUAACCCCAUGGCUCACAGCGGAGAACGCGACGUUCCUGUCUCUGCGAGCCUGGGCGGCAGCUUCCUGGAUUGUGGAGCCCACCAUCAUUCCCACGGCCCCCCAGCCCCACCACUCCCCCACCCCCACCACACCAUCUGGGGCAGGACGGGCGCCGCCAGCAAUUUCGGGAAUCUGUUUGGUUUGUGACCUUCCCGGGGGCGGGGAGGGAGGAAACGGGA